AUGUCGCUGCAUGAACACUACCCUGCAUAUGGUGGCCGGGGGCCCAGCGAUCUGGUCGUGGGUCUUACUCUGGGUGCCAUCGCCACGAUCUUUAUGAUACUCCGUGUAUAUGUACGGUUGAAGGUUAACAAUUUCGGAACUGCUGCAUUGAUAUGCUUUCUCGUUGCUUGGACACUGACAGCUGUCACUCAAUGUUUUGGUGUGAUUGCUGUACUUCAUGGCUUGGGAAACCACAUUAUCGCAAUUGAAGAGGUUGGAGAAUUAAGGAAUUUCCUGUUCUUCACCUGGAUGACUGUCUUUUUCUUCAAUAUGGCUAUUCCCACCGGCAAGGUAGCCGUCUGUUUCUUCUUAAUUGAAAUGAUCGGGCCAAGCAAUCCCAAAAUCCGCCGCAGUCUGAUGGCUCUUGCCGUAUUCAAUAUCGUUGUAAACAUUCCUCAGAUACUUUUGAAUUGGCUCCAGUGCAGUCCUCCACAUGCAUUAUGGGACCCCUUGCUCCAGGAUCAAUGUGCGCACUGGAAAAGUGUUCAUUACACAUACUUCGUCGGGGCUGUUGCAGUCCUGUCAGACUUUUAUCUCGCCAUUGUUCCAAUUCACAUACUAAUCCCACUCCGGAUCGAUCGAAAGCUUAAAUUGGGUCUCUGUUUCCUCAUGGGAUUAGGUGUGUUUGCCGGCGUGGCAGCUAUAAUCCGAACAUGGGCUGCCAGUUUCAUUCUCACUGAUGACUCUUCCUAUGGAGUUGGAAUCCUCUUCCGCUGGGGCGAGGCCGAAGAAUGGAUCGUGCUGAUCACCAUGUCCAUCCCACCAGUGUGGCCUCUUUUUCGCCCCCUUACCCACAACUUCAUCAACUCGUCGCUAUCCCGGCGCAGCCAAGACAUGUAUAAGAAAUACCUGUCUACAAAUCCCACUAUUACAGAUGUGAACGAUUUCUAUUCACAGUCUUUUCCGCCGACUAUGGUCACCACUACUAUUAAUGUCUCAUCAGCGAGUCGUCCCUCACUAAAGAAUACUACCGCUGUGCCGUCAGAGAUUAGUUCAAGAAGCUCAACGCCUCAGUUAUCCCAACAUACUCUGAUUGGAAGUGAUACUGAGCAUAUGGACUUGGUUGCGAUGUCAGAUCUAGAAGAGCAACCGCGAGUGUCUCCAUAA